AUGGUGGUGUCGCCGGUGGAGCCAGUGACCACGCGGGUCAGUGUGGGCGGUUUUGACUCCCGCUUCACCUCGCCGCGCGAACUCGCCGACUACUUGGAGUCCGUGGCUGGUCGGAUCUGGCGCUGCCGGGUCAAGACCUCCUGCACGCCGCCCAACUCCUACCCUGACUUCCAGUGCCUCCCACAACUCCCCGCGGCCAACGCGCUCCCGCCGCCGCCGCCGCAUUCGUCCAGGGCGCGGCGACGCCGAGCCCCAGACGGUGAAGACGGCGCGUUCGCGUUCCAGGCCGCGCCGCCGCACGCCUUCGUACACUUCGUGCACCCGGAGGCCGCGCGCCGCGCCGCCAGGUCCGGGCUCCUCGUGCGCGGCCCCUCCGCGUCCGCCCAGAACAAGAGCAGCGCCCUCCGCGACCGCGCGCCGCGCCGCCAGAGCGCCAAGCCGUUCCGCUUCACGGACGCGCGCGUCGAGGUCGGCAACCUCUGGGCGCCGGACGCCUUCGUCGUCUCCUGGCGCUGCCCGGAGGACUCCGCUGGCUCCAGCUCCAGCUCCAGCUCCGGCCUCGACUUUGUCGUCGACCCGUUAGACGGCAGCUGCCGGCUGGUGUUUUCCCGUGACACCGCGUUCGCGUUCCCUGCCUCCCGCGGCGCCGCGGUGGUGCUGCGCUGCGACUUCAAGGUUGAGUUUUCCGUCGACGACAUCGCCGAGCUCCUGGUGUUCCCGACCGAUGACUCGCUGCUGCUCCGGCUCUCGGCCGCGCCCCUGCUGUACUACCGCACGGCGGCCGAUGGCGUCCACCAAUCGGUGCCUUUUGACCUGCUCGACGAUGACGACGACGACCCAUGGAUACGGACCACCGACAUCACCGCCAGCGGGGCCAUUGGCCGGUGCUGGAUGUACAGGAUCUCGUUCAAGACGUGGUUCUGGCCAAAGAUGAAGAAUGCACUGGCGUACAUGAAGGAGAAGAGGGUGCCGACUGUGGUCUGCGACAUUGGGUGGCCGGGGUUCAGGGUGCACGACGAGCCGGAGUUUGGGAAGCCAAUGCAGGACCUUUUCUUGUGCGUGCAGCAUGUCGAGGAGCUCCAGUUUCCAGUCUUGUUCUUGGUUAAUGUGCUGGUGCACAAGGGGAUAGUGAACGAGCACCAGCUCACGUCCAAAUUCUUCUCUUUGCUCAAGAGAGAAGAGGAGCAUGUGAAUCUGGCCGCGCUGACGGAGCUGUUAGGAGAAAAUUCUCAGGUGUUUGAUGUAUGCUGGAGGCUGAAAAAUGUGCAGGAUCGGGUUGCCAAAAAUCCCAAACUAAUUCAUCCUCGCAGCAGGGGCAAGGUUGCUGGUGAUUAUAAUGCUGUGGUGCGGAGGCUGGUGAUCACUCCCACCAGGGCAUAUUGUAUGCCUCCACAAGUGGAGCGCUCUAACCGCGUCAUUCGGCACUAUCAUCAUGUGGCGGAUCGGUUCUUGAGGGUAACUUUUAUGGAUGAAGGUAUGCAGCUGCUAAAUAUCAAUGCACUCAACUUCCAUGCCGCACCGAUUGUCCAGAGCUUGAUGUCAAAAUCGUUCCAGCACAAGACAACAAUUUAUAGGCGUGUGCACACACUUAUGACAAAGGGUUUCCACUUGUGUGGUAGGAAGUACUCUUUCCUUGCAUUCUCAUCGAACCAGAUGAAGGAUAGAUCAGCUUGGUUCUUCGCAGAGAACAGAACAACAACUGCUGCAACCAUUAGGGAGUGGAUGGGACAGUUCCCAAGUAGGAAUGUCGCGAAGCGUGCUGCUCGGAUGGGGCUGUGCUUCACAUCUUCAUAUGCAACGGUUGUGACACGGCCGAAUGAGGUUAAUGAGCUUCUUGAGGAUAUCGAGCGCAAUGGAUACAAUUUCUCUGAUGGGAUUGGCAAGAUCACACCGGACCUUGCAAUCGAAGUUGCGGCGAGGUUGCCACUGACAGAUAGGUACCCUCCAUCUGCGUACCAGAUUCGAUAUGCAGGAUUCAAGGGUGUUAUAGCUGUAUGGCCAGGACAAAAUGAUGGGAUACGGCUUUCCCUUAGGCCAAGCAUGAGGAAAUUUGAGUCUACCCACUCUGUGAUAGAAGUAGUAUCCUGGACAAAAUUCCAACCCGCAUUCUUGAACCGUCAGAUUAUAAUAUUGCUGAUCUCCUUGGGUGUCCCAGAAGCUAUAUUUUGGGAAAUGCAGGAGGAGAUGCUUAAGAAUCUCGACAGAAUUUUGUCAGACAGAGAGAUUGCUUACCAGGUUGUAACAAACAGUUGCCCUGAUAAUGGAACCAUGGCAAGACUGAUGCUGAGUGCUGGAUUUAGUCCUGCAACCGAGCCACACCUGAAGGCAAUGCUUUUGGCUAUAAAGUCCUCACAGCUGAAGGGUCUUUUGAAGAAAACAAAGAUUUUUGUGCCCAAGGGAAGGUGGCUGAUGGGCUGCCUGGAUGAACUUGGAAUCCUUGAGCAGGGGCAAUGUUUUAUCCAGGCUUCAUCUCUAUCAAUCAACAACCAUUUAAUAAAGCAUGGCUCAAGAUUUUCCUCAGCAAACAAGAAUGCAGUGACAAUUGUAGGUACAGUUGUGGUUGCAAAUAACCCAUGCCUUCAUCCAGGGGAUGUACGUGUUCUUGAAGCAGUUGAUGUGCCUGAACUGCAUCACCUUGUUGAUUGCUUGGUCUUCCCAAAGAAAGGUGAGAGGCCACACGCCAAUGAAGCUUCCGGGAGUGAUCUUGAUGGGGAUGUCUACUUUGUGACAUGGGAUAAAAAUCUUGUACCUCCGGGGAAAAGGAGCUGGAAGCCUAUGGACUACUCUCCUGCUGAAGCAAGACAGCUACAACGAAGAGUACUUCAGCAUGAUCUCAUUGAUUUCUUCUUGAAGAACAUGGCAAGUGAGAACAUUGGUCGGAUAAGCAAUGCUCAUAUUGUCCAUGCUGACAUUAGCGAGUACGGAGCAAUGGAUGAGAAGUGUAUUCAGCUAGCUGAACUAGCAGCCACUGCCGUGGACUUUCCCAAGACUGGCGAAAUUGUUAGAAUGCCGCCAUCCCUUCGGCCAACAAAAUACCCUGACUUCAUGGAAAAGGAUGAUGCUAUCUCCUAUAAAUCAGAAAAGAUCAUUGGAAAGCUUUACCAGACGGUUAGAUAUUAUAUCCUUGGAAUGCCCUUGGAAGGUUUGAUAAAAAAUGGCAUGCCAGCUUACGAUAUCGACCUGGAAGUUCCUGGUGCAUCGCAUUUCUUCAUAGAUGCCUGGCAAUGGAAAUGUGUAUACGAAUCGCGGCUGAAUGCGCUGCUCAAUCAGUACAGCGGGUGCACUGAAGCAGAGCUUGUGACGGGGGUGAUCUGGUCGCUUGCCGAUGGAAGGAAAAGGAAGAAGCAUGAGGCACACGAGAGGUUCAGCCAUGCAUAUCCUGAACUCCACCAGGAGUUCCGACGUGUCUUUGAAAAUAUUGCAGCAGAUCAAGAUAGGAUGUCUGAUGAAAAGAAAAAUCUGGUGUAUGAGAUGAAGGCCUCCGCGUGGUACCAGGUAACAUAUCACCCAGAAUGGAUCAGAUUCUCAAGGGAAAAGGAGCUGCAUGGUGAGGAAAGGCCAGCAAGACUCAGCUUCCCCUGGAUCGCCAUAGAUUACUUGGCGUGUAUAAAGAUGAGGCGCCGUGGACAAGCGAAGCAUUUUACUUGA